UUUGGGAAGACUCGCUCUCUCUGGCACACUAGAACACUCCUUCAGACAGCUUCUCACCACUCAGAACUGGUCCUUAAGUGCAUGCUGCUGUGACUGUGCUGCUGAGGCUGAGGUGCCUGCCCUGCAUUCAGACAACACAAUGGUUGCCAGGAGUGUCUCCCAGGAGGGAUGACCAGGCUUGACUAUUUGCAGGAACUGUGAUUUCCUACUCUACAGUCAGAACCCAGCCCUUCAUUACUGAGGUUGUUUUCUUUUCAGUUUCAGAAAAAGCCCUGCCCUCCAGGGAACCUCUGCUCCCUAUUUUUUUUUUUUUUUUUUUUAGUAUAUGACCCAAGAACCACCAGACAAGGCGCAAUUACUCCAGGGGACGUCCUGCUCCAAUGACAGUGAAGAUUUCUCAUGUGCUUACACACUUUUUGGCUAUUGCAGGUUGUCCUUGUUAAGCCAGCAGCCUUAGUGGGAAUAUGACACACGCAAGGAGAGACUGGUACUUUGCUAUCUUUCCUUCACUCUGAGGUUUAUGUUCCUACAAAAGUUAUACUAGGUCAGCCAAAGCUAAUCUUGGGAGACAUCAAAAGCUGUAUCCAAGCACCAGCACCAUGCGACGUUGCAUUUGGAAAUUUGUCACAGCAAUUGUGGCCUCAGUUCUCUUGAGUAUCUUCCUCCAUGAGAAAAUCUGUGAUAGUGAAUAUGGACUUUUGGGGCAAAAGAAGAUCAUAGUUCAGCAAAUGGUUCAGCAACAACUCAGCUCAGAAAUCAAGAACCACCUGGAAAGCUUCAAGGAGAUGCAGAAAACCUCCCCUCUGCUCCAGCACACCAAGUACAAACUCCUGGCUGGAAGCUCUCCCCAUGGAAAGACACUGCUGACCGUGGGCAUUUCCUCAAUGCAGCAUCCUCACGGGAGCCACCUGCUGGACACGCUGCACUCCCUGUUCCGAGCUACGUCCGAGGCUGAGCUGGAGUGCAUCGUGGUGCUGGUCCACCUGUCAGAUGCUGACCCUGAAUGGCUACUCAAAACAGCUGACAGUAUUUUAAAGCUCUUCGCCUCACAUAUAAGGUCCAGGAGGCUGCUUGUGGUCAGUGGUCUUCUCGGGGACUCCUCUCUCUCAAGACCCGUGAAACUCAAUUACUCCUCGCCGUGUGCAGAGCUGUAUUCCAGGCAGAGAGAAGGGCACGCCCUACUCAUGAACUUCGCCAGUCAGCUCUCUGAGUACUUCCUGCUGCUGGAAGACAACACUCAAUUUGCCCCCAACUUUGUUUCUGCCAUCUAUUGGACACUGUUGGCCUGGAAAGAAGAACGCUGGGUGGUCCUGGAGUUCUCCAGCCUUGACUCUGGGAAGGUUCUGCACACCAGCGACCUCUCCCUUCUCACCUCCAUGCGUCUCCUCUUCCCAGUGAGCACUCCUAUGCACUUGCUUCUGUCGAAGUUUCACUUGCUCUUGGGGCAGAGAGCUCCUAUCAGCUUUGCUCCCAGCCUUUUCUCGCAUCCCUUCAAGGAUCUAAGUUCUCAGGAUACAUGUUGUUUUGAGGAAGAGGAAGAAAGGUAUGAUAAUCUUGAAGAACCUGACAACCCUUUCGCCACGAUCUACACCAACAUGACGUUGUUUACAGGCUUUAAACACCCACACUACACCAACCUUCUGAACAGGAUCAACUUCCUGACUCAGAAUGUCCUUCCAGGGGAUACAUACACUUUGGUUUUUGAUUUUCCUCACAACGUGGUUGAAAUACAAGUGCUGACUGGCAUUGGUCCUAGGAAGUUACACCACCUGGAACACGGGCAGGUUGAACUUGGCUACGAGCCUGUUCUGGAUGGGAUAGGCUGUGCCCACUAUGUCCUGCUGGGACCCCUGGUCCAGGGCAAGUGCCAUCAGAGGGUAUUUUCUAAUGUGGGUUUUAUGGGGGCUGUGAGAUGCAUCCGUCUACUUGUGACAGCCCCUCAGUGGUCAUAUGUAGAUAUCAGACAAAUCAAUGUCUGGACUAAAUCUGAGGGAAGGGAAGAAUAAAAAAAUUCUUCGUGGAUUCUGUAAGGAUGAGGUUUGGGAUAGACUCAACUCAGAUGACAAGAAAUUAAAGUUCUGGAAUCAGAAACACCA